AUAAAUUUAUGGAAACCACUCAAAUUUAACUAUUGGGUUAUCCAAAGAAGAUCACAACUGCAGGGAUGAUGCAAUAUCACACAAUAUUUCUCAUAGCAGUUGCGACUGGAUUAGCAAAAGGGCAAGAUCACGUGACAUGCAAUCGCACUUACAACAAGAUUGGGUGCUUCGAAGAGAAGAGCAUCGUAACUACAUUAUUGGUUAAUGAUCGGGAAAGUGGCAGCGACAAGUCACAAGGACAUACCAUAGAUUGGACAAAUAUCGACAAGUAUCUCCAUAGCUUAGCAUGCCGAUGUAAAGUAGAGGCAGAAAAGCACGGCUUCAAGUAUUUCGGAAUAAGAUAUUUUGGAGAAUGCUAUGGAGGCAAUGCAGGGACAAUUGACAAUGCAAGAAGCUCAAGCAGGUGUUUCCAAGGUGCGCAUUAUGGCCCGUGCAAUGAUGAAGUUGAAGCUGAAUGUGGGGGCCAAGCCUUGGCAGAUUAUGUGUAUUCGUUGAAAAAAAGCGGAGAAGAAGAUAUCGACGGUGGUUAUAGCGAAUGGACCCAGUGGUCCCGGUGUUCACAAGAAUGUGGAGGAGGAAAGAUGUUCCGAUCACGAGCAUGCGAUAACCCGGAGCCAAAAGGCCAGGGCAAAGAUUGUUUUCAACUUGGGAACGACACCGAGUCUGCCAAUUGCGGAACAGCUCCGUGUCCAGUGGAUGGUGGAUUCACAGAAUGGAGCCUCUUUGGAGCCUGCAGUAAGACAUGCGGAGGAGGAAUCAUGACAAGGACACGUAACUGUACCAAUCCCGAGCCAGCCAACGGAGGAAAGGACUGCGAUGGAGCUACGGUGGAGAACAAAGCAUGUAACGAGCAAGCAUGUCCAGUUAACGGAGGAUUUUCAGAAUGGUCCGAUUUCGGGUCAUGUUCUGUGACGUGCGGUACUGGAAUUCAUCGCCGAGAACGAUCUUGCAACAACCCACCCCCUUCAAAUGGUGGGCUUGAUUGCACUGGACCAUACAUAGAGACAAAAGAAUGUGAUGCCGGUGGAUGUCCAAUUAACGGGGGAUAUGGAGAAUGGAAGGCAGUAGGAGAAUGCUCUAAACUCUGUGGAGAAGGAGAACAAACAUUUCAGCGAGAAUGCGACAACCCAAUGCCUCAAAAUGGUGGCGCAAACUGCUUUUCAAUUGGACCUGCAGAAGAAAAACGAGUCUGCAAUACACACCCAUGUCCGAUUGACGGCGGAUUCUCUGAAUGGUCUCGGUUUAGCAACUGCAGUGUUUUAUGUGGCAUUGGCUUCAAGUACAGAAGCAGACAGUGCAAUAACCCCGCCCCUGAGAACGGUGGCAAAGACUGUGAAGGAGAGCUUACUGAAGCAGCCGAGUGCAAUCCCAUCCAUUGCAAAGGCAAUCUGGCAUAUCACAAGUCAACAAAACAAUCCUCGACCUUAUAUGGUGGGGAUCCAUCGCGAGCCACUGAUGGCAUCAAAACCGCAAACUUCGGGAAUAACUCGUGUACCCUUACAAGGAGGGAAAUAGUGCCAUGGUGGAGAGUGGAUUUGGGUGCACGUCAUCGAAUUGGAAACAUCAGAAUCACAAACAGAGGUGACUGUUGUGCCAGCAGACUUAAAAGGAUUGACAUCAGAGUGAACGAUGCUGACAAUCUGGAUGGAGAGUUAUGCACACAUUACCCAGGAACCUUUGGUGCUGGUGAAACGAAGACCUUGUACUGCAGCACUCCUUUAACAGGCCAGUACGUCUACGUAUGGCUGAAAGGAGAAGACCAUUUAACCCUCUGCGAAGUCGAAGUUUUCUCACCUGACCCAACUAAUCUCGCUCGUGGAAAACCAAGCAAGCAAUCGUCAACAGCAAUCGGCGGGCCAUCUUCAGGAGCCGUCGAUGGCAAUAAGGACAGUAAUUUUAGACACGGGUCGUGCACGCAAACGCUGAAAGAGCACAAUCCUUGGUGGAGGGUUGAUCUUGGUGCCACAGAGCCGGUGGGUGAAAUUGCAAUAACAAACAGAGGCGAUUGUUGCUCAGACAAGCUUCGCAAUGUAGAAAUAAGAGUUGGUAACAACACAGAAGGGCCAUCCAAAAACCAAAUGUGCAUUUACAACCAUGGAGCUGUAGGAAGUGGAGAAAGAAGAACGUUUUACUGUGAAAAUGUAAUCACUGGAAGAUUUGUUUACAUUACACUGAGGGCAGAAGAGCAAUUGACUUUAUGCGAAGUUGAAGUUUUCAAAGCUAAUCUUGAAAAUUAUGCAAGAGGAAAACCAACUCGCCAGUCAUCUACAAGUCAUAGUGGGUCAUCGGAAAGAGCAGUUGAUGGCAACCCGCAUUCAAACUACGGAGGAGGGUCGUGUACACACACUAAUAGAGAGCCUGGAGCCUGGUGGCGAGUGGACCUUCUCGCUUCGAAAACAGUAGGCAAGAUUGCUAUUGUAAACAGAGCAGACUGUUGUUCGAAGCGUCUGAAACAGGUUGAAAUCAGAGUUGGGGAGACAGACUCACCAGAUAAGAACACGCUAUGCCACUACCACGAGCUACCAUUUUUACCAGGGAUCAAAACCUUUAUCCACUGCUCAAAACCAACUAAUGGGAGAUAUGUUUUUAUAAAGCUGAAAGGAAGUGACCAUUUAACGCUAUGUGAAGUCGAAGUCUACGCUUUGAAACCAGGCGAGAAGGUUGAUGGUGGUUUGACUCCAUGGUCAGAAUUUAGUGCUUGCAGUGCUAGUUGCGGUGGGGGUGCUCAAUAUAGUACAAGAAGUUGCACCAACCCCUACCCCGCAAAUGGGGGCAUUAGUUGCGUUGGAGAUACACGGAGGUCCAGCGCUUGCAAUACCCACAGCUGCCCAGUAAAUGGUGGACUUUCCGAAUGGUCUUCUUGGGGUAAAUGCAACGCACAAUGCGGAGCAGGACAGCAGUACAGAACACGGUCAUGUAAUAACCCAUCUCCAAGCCAUGGGGGAUUCCCAUGUAGAGGAGUUAGAAAGCAGCCCAGACCAUGUCAGUCUCGUCCCUGCCCAGUGGAUGGCGGGUAUGGUCCUUGGACGCGUUAUAAGCAGUGUAGCGUUACAUGCGGUCUCGGGUUCCAAGUGCGUACUCGCGAAUGUAACAACCCAAAACCUGCGCAUGGAGGAAAGAGCUGCAAAAGACUGGGAACGACUUUUGAAAUGAAAUAUUGCAGAAGGCCUAGAUGCCCAAUGCCAGUUUCACCACCCUUUUAUCACCGCGUUUGUGAGCAUGGCACACUGAACAUCGCAUGUCCUGUUGGCAGCAACAUUCGAAUAAUGCGUGCAUUGUACGGACGAACAACAAGAGCAUACUGCAAGCGUGGCUGGUGGACCAGUUUUUACCACAGAAACUGUAGAGCGAGAAGAUCGAAUAGGAUAGUGAAAAGCCGGUGCAACAGGAAGAGAGCAUGCUCAGUUCCAGCUAAGAACUGGCUUUUUGGUGACCCAUGUUUUGGUACAUUCAAGUACCUUGAAGUUGUAUACAGAUGCUUUGGAACCUCUGCACCACAUUUCAAUGUGAGGCUAUGCGAGCACAUGAACAAAGUGAUAUCUUGCCCAUUUGGACGGCGAUUGAAAAUAGAUUAUGCCAUGUAUGGGCGUCUGAGCCGUCGACACUGCUCAACGUACGCUCCCAACUUAAUCACUAACUGCAGCGCAACAAGUAGCCUUGUGAAAACAAAGGCAAUGUGUGAUGGUAGAACGUGGUGCGUUCUAAGUGCAAGGAACGGCGUCUACGGUGAUCCAUGCGUCGGAGUCUACAAAUACCUGAACGUUCGCUACCGAUGUAUCUGAUUGCAGCAAUGCCCAAAUGACGUUAACAUUAUAAUUAACAGUUUGCAUAUUUUUAAUUAAAACACUAAGGUUCAAUGAUAAUUCUAAUGGUUAACAAACAUUGGGGUGAUUUUGUAAAUGAUUGGUUAAUAAGUCAAGCUACUGUAAUUACCACGAUUUAAUAAAAGCAUAAUCAACAAAUUA